AUGGACACGAUACAAGCGAACCCUCCUGCCGCAGAAGAUCCCCUUGGAGCAGCUCAGAAGUUGUUCAAGGAGAGACUUGAAAGAUUUCAUUACCGGGAUGAAGAUCGUUUCCGCUGGAGCUGGGGCCAUCUCGACUACGAGCUUGAUUCGCUUCGAGAGGGUGGACCCUCAAUCUUCUGUCUUUCAGAUAUCGCGGGCUUGCAGAAGCUUGUGCCCGAGAGAAAGCACGGCCCUGCCACGUACGAAGCAUGGCCGUUGGACUGGAAAGAAGGGAUGUUUACAGAAGAACAUCAUGAAACUUCACCUCUGCCACAUGCCAUUUGUAAUAUUGUUGCCUGCGUUGAUGCGACGGUCACAGAUCAGCAUCUCACUUUACAUGAGAUGAGAGCUAUCAUGAGAAUGAUUGUUAUUCGAGCCUGUAGCACGCGCCGCCGAAAGUAUCCCAUAUACACACAUGGCAGAAUUAUCGAAGUUGUUGUUGAAGGGAAGCGAAUUUCUCUACAGUACUCCCAACUCUGGAGCUUCGAGGUCGAAGAUACAGCGCCGGUGGAACCCUUCAUUCGCUACAUCAUCAGUCAGCCUGUUGGGAGGGAGAGGCGUUCCGUCCAUGCUGACUUGCCUGUAGACUCGCGUGCUGGCGUGCAUUCGGGAUAA